AUGGGAAGUUGGAACCGUCGUAAUCAGAUUAGCAGUAACGACGCGCAGGAUGAGUUCAAAGAUCUGCUCAUAUUUGGUUAUGCAUCUUCAAUCUUCCCUAAUGACUACCAGUCAGAAAACAUUGCUGAAGAGCGUCACAUGGUUCCUUGUCUUGGAGACGCCGAAAAUCGAGUGGACAGGUACGACUGUAGACUUCUUUUACCAUCGAUCAGCGUUGCUACAAAAAGAAGUGGACUUCCAGCCGAGAAAUGUCCGACAGAAGAAAUGGAAGAAGAAAUGUGUGAAGAAGAGCGUUAUCUGGAUUUGCACAAAGAUAUACAGAGAGAACAGGAAGAAGAAGAAAAACGUAUGAAAAAUCAAAGAAAUGCUAUCGGGUUUGAUUACGGGACAGGAACAAUAAGAGAACCUGAAAGCGAUAGUGAAGAUGAGCCUUUCGAACCACCAGAGGGAAUAAAAUUUCCAGUUGGUCUCGAGCUGCCACCGAACAUGAAACUUCAUCAUAUAAUUGAGAAAACUGCUUCCUUCAUUGUUGCAAACGGCACUCAGAUGGAAAUCGUCAUCAAAGCGAAGCAACGGAACAAUGCGGAGAAUUUUGGAUUUUUAGAGUUCGAUAAUCGUCUCAAUCCUUUUUAUAAAUAUCUCCAGAAGCUCAUUCGCGAAAAGAAAUAUAUACCAGACAUCAGUAAACGACCGAAAAAAUUAAAUAAGACUGCUUCUUCAUCUUCAAAGCCAGCCAUUUCAAGUCCAUUGGCUGCUAUUGCAGCAGCACAUGGUUAUGGAUCAGAUUCGGAUGCUUCUGACUCGGACUGUGAACUUCAUCCAUCCCUUUUAUCAGGAGGUGUUAAAAAAUCUGUUACUCCAGAUAAACCAGGAACAAUUGGACCACGGAAGAAACCGAUUGAACACGAUAAGCCACCAGUCUUCGAUUUAAAACCGGCAGGCGAUAUUACUCAGCGAAAUGAUGUUUAUGCUGCUCUUUUCAAAAACUUGGCUCAUGUUACUCGACAAGCGGCUGGAGUUGAAGAAAUCAAACAUGGAACGGAAAACAAAGAAAUCGAUCCAACGCCUCCAGAAGAUGAUCCAAAUGAUAGACUGGAAGAUCCGGAAUAUCGUGAAUGGUACGAGAUGUUUUAUGGAAAGCCAUGCCCUUGGGUUGGUCCGCGACCUAUGAUUCCACCAACUCCUGAUCUCGAACCGAUACUUAAUAGCUAUGCUGAAACCGUUGCACUGAAAGGUGCAGAGGUUGAAGAAGCUUUAGCAGCUCGUAAAGACUUGCAACUCAAUUUCAUGAAUCCACUCAGUCCCUACCAUUCAUAUUAUCAUCACAAAGUUCGGUUACAUCAGUGGCGUAUGUUUCAAACAUCACAGGAAGGUGUUUCAUAUCCAGCUUCUAUUCCUCUCGUGGCGCCAGUCGUCCCGCUCGUGUCUUCUGAUCUCCUUCCUCCUCCAAUAUCUACUGCCGGGUGCUCUCCUGGUCCGUCAAUUCUACUGAAUUUGAGUCUUUCUACUCCUCCAGAGCCCCCAAUGAAUCGUCGACAAAGAAGACGACUUCUUGAGACUAGUCGCAUUGACGAGUCAGUACUCGAGCCUGGUGUGUUUGAUCCGAUCACAGAUAUACCAAAAAGCGCUUCUACUCCAGCAAAUCUUCAAAGUUUAGGUGGAUUGAAACCGAUUUCUUUUACUCUAAAAACUGAUGGAACAAACGAAGACUCAAGUUUUCGAUUUGACCCUGAUGCAGACGAAAUGUCGUUUGCUGGCCCUUCCGACUCAACAGCUGAUGACAGUUAUAGUAGUGGUCUGUUCCCACCCCCACCGGCACCUCCAGCAUUCCAAAGUUCUAUUCAAACACAAGUAGAUCGGAAGGAAAAAGCGAGAAUUUUUAUGGAAAAAUUGCUUCUAGAAAAGAAGAUGAAAAAGCAACAAGAAGAUGAAGAACGUCAGAAGUUGGAAGAAGAAACACGCAGGAAAGCCGAGAAGAUAUCAGAAUCACUGUCUGAGCGAAGAUCUGAAAGGAAGAACACAGAAGAGGCGCCAAAAGAACGGAUUCCCAAAUCGCUGGAUGAUAUGAUUAGUAGCAAAAUCAAUAGCUUAUUAUCUGAAUCUGGAUUCAAUCCGAUUGAAGAAAAGAAACCAGAUAUCAAAGAUGAGACAGAGAAAAAGAAACAGAGGAGACGAAGUCGUUCGCGUCGUCGAUCUCGUUCCAGGAGUUCUAGAGAUCGGGACAGAUCUAGAUCCGGCGAACGCAAAAAAUCCCGAAAAUCUGACAGACAUCGUUCCCGAUCUCGCUCUAGAGAUCGUCACCGCAGGAAUCGAAGCAGAAGCCGCGAAAGAAGUUAUCGGCGAUGA